AUGGUCUCCAUGGGGCUCCAGCUGCUAGGCUACGCCGUGGCCUUCCUGGGCUACAUCGGCACGCUGACGGCCACGCUGCUGCCCAGCUGGAAGACCAGCUCCUACAUCGGCUCCAGCAUCGUGACAGCCGUGAGCUUCACCAAGGGGCUGUGGAUGGAGUGUGCCACAUAUAGCACGGGCAUCACCCAGUGCGACAUCUACAGCUCCCUGCUCAACCUGCCCGCUGACAUCCAGGCGGCCCAAGCUCUGAUGGUGAGCUCCUGUGCCAUCUCCUCCCUCGCCUGCCUCCUCACCGUUGUGGGCAUGAGGUGCACCGUUUUCAGCCAGGGCUCACCGGGCAAGGACCGGGUGGCGGUGGCGGGCGGUGCUGUCUUCAUCCUUGGGGGGCUGCUCUGCUUCAUCCCGCUCGUGUGGAACAUCCAUGUGGUGCUGCGGGAUUUCCACAACCCCAUCCUCCCUGACAGCACGAAGUUCGAGCUCGGGGAGGCACUUUACCUGGGCAUCAUCUCCUCCCUCCUCUCCCUUGUCGGCGGCUUCAUCCUCUGCACCUCCUCCUGCCCUGCCCGCGACCCAAUGGCCACCUACACAAGCACCUACCAGCCCCGGCUGCUGAAAGGCAAGAGCCCCCAGCCCUCUGUCAGCCAGACGCAGAAGACCAAGAGUGAGCUCAACUCCUACAACCUGACAGGAUACGUGUAG